AUAAUCCUUGCGGUGUAUCGUAAGCUUUCUUGUGCCUCCCCGUAGACAAAUCCAACACAUAAUUUAUUUAUAAAAGUUCAAAAACCAAAGUUUCUCUCUCCCUCACUUUUGCCCUUUCCUCUUUCUCUCUCCUUCCUUCCUUCCCGUAACCCUUCCCCUCCCUCCCUUCCUUCCUUCCCCCAUAAGCAAAGAUUACAAUCUGUUCCACCUUCGUAGAUUUAGCCAUGGGAUGCUUCGGCCGCACGGGAAAAUCCAGCAAACGUUCCGAGACGAAGAAGAAGAACAACGAUUUCGCCAAACACAACAAACUCGAAAUCGACGCAAACUGCGUCCGUAAGAGCGCAGAUCGCGAUUCACAAACGCAUCCUAGCUCAGAGGGCAGUCCACGUGGAGAUGAUGUGAACAAGGAGGUACCUUCUGAGGAGGAUCAGUUUUCUUUGGACGCAAAGGAUUCAAAUGUGGAAGAUGAAGUUUCGGGGAAGAAAGCAAUGACUUUUGCCUUUGAAGAGCUCUCUGUUUCUACAGGCAACUUCAGGUCUGAUUGUUUACUAGGUGAAGGAGGUUUUGGAAAAGUAUACAAGGGUCUCAUCGAGAGAAUCAAUCAGCAGGUUGUUGCAAUCAAGCAACUUGAUCGAAAUGGUGCUCAGGGAAUUAGAGAGUUCGUGGUGGAAGUGAUGACGCUAAGUCUCGCUGACCAUCCCAAUCUUGUAAAGCUUAUAGGGUUUUGCGCACAAGGUGUUCAGAGGCUAUUGGUCUACGAGUACAUGCCUCUGGGAUCUCUUGAAGAUCAUCUCCAUGAUCUUCCUAAUGGUAAAACCCCACUUUCUUGGAACAACCGGAUGAAAAUAGCAGCUGGUGCAGCGAGAGGUUUGGAGUAUCUUCACGAUACAAUGAAGCCUCCUGUGAUCUACCGUGAUCUUAAAUCUUCAAAUAUCUUGCUCGGUGAAGACUAUCACCCGAAACUCUCUGACUUUGGGUUAGCUAAAGUCGGACCAAGCGGGGAUGCAACACAUGUUUCCACAAGGGUUAUGGGAACGUACGGAUACUGUGCUCCUGAAUACGCAAUGACGGGUCAACUCACAUUCAAAUCAGAUAUCUUCAGUUUCGGAGUUGUCCUCUUGGAGCUUAUCACUGGAAUGAAAGCGAUUUACAAAACAAAAGCGCGUAAAGACCAGACCCUAGUUGGAUGGGCGCGUCCCUUGUUUAAAGAUAGGAAGAACUUUAAGAAAAUGGUUGACCCAUUGAUGGAGGGAGAUUAUCCGGUUAGAGGAUUGUACCAAGCGCUUGCGAUAGCUGCAAUGUGUGUUCAAGAUCAGCCUGGUAUGAGACCGGUGAUAUCGGAUGUAGUUAUGGCUUUGGAUCACUUAGCUUCUUGCAGUUAUGAUGCUACUCACAAAGACAAGCGGACUAAUGUGAUUGAGAAUAGGGUCGAUGAUGAAGAGAAAAAAGUGACCGAAUCUAAUGUUUGUAUGGAGGAAGAAAAACAAGAGAUCAAGAUUUGUUCAGCACAAGCAAAUUAAUCAACAACGGUUCUUUGUUUGGAAAAAAAAAAUAGUUCUUUCUAAAAAUUUGUAGAAUGCUUCGUUUAUAGGAGCAACAAUUUUGUUUCGAGCGAUAUUGUGGUUUCAUGUAAUUUCGAUUCUGGUUUCAGGGAAAUCAUUGUGUGACUCGUUAGAAGUAGUUAACCAAACCGGUGCAAACCGGAAAGCCAUCGGCAUUAGACAUUUACAGGUUAACUGUGACUCUAAACUAACCGUUUGUUCACAUAAUUACUUGCUAUUACGUGGAGUGAAUGGCGACAUGUACAGUAUAUUGUAUAGUAUGUAUCUGAAAGAUGAUAUCUCUUCAUAUACUUGUCUUGUAUCUGUGAUUUGCGAAUAUCACAAAUUGCCCUGCGAGAUGAUUUGUUAGAAAUACAAAGACUCAAAUCCGAAGGAAAAUCUCCAGAUUUGUAAAUAUUAAUCCGAAAAAAUUUAAAAAUCUACAUAUUUCACUUGAAUUUAUAAAUACUAUAUGGAUUUUUAAAUCAAUCAAAAUAUAUAUUAUCUUAUUUUCUAAUUAUAGACAAACUAAUGAAAUAAAGAAAAAGUAUAGAGUAUUUUGGGUAUAGUAUACUGCAUUGAAAUAACAUAUUGAUUAGUAUUUGAACUCAAUGGUCAUUUAGCACAAAAAUAUAGAUAGAAAUACUAUAUUGUGUUUAUAACAGAGAAUUUUGAUCUUCUAUUAUAAAAAAUAUAUAUAUAUAAAAUAAACAUAUAUUAACUUUUGAAAAACUAAAACAUAUUAUAUACAAAAUUAAAACAA